AUGGCUGUCGGUGGCCCAAAUGAACGGUCUGAUUUCCAUUACCAGCCUACGGAGGAGCUGUUUUACCAGGCCAAAGGACAUAUGCACCUUCGUAUAGUAGACGAAGGAAAGUUUCGCACCAUUGAGAUCAAAGAAGGCGAGUACUUUUUGCUGCCGGCCAACACGCUGCACUCCCCAAAACGGUUUGCCGACACCAUUGGCCUAGUCCUUGAGCGCACUCGCGAACGCGAUCAAGUUCACUGGUUUUGUCCGAAUUUGAAAGCGCAUGACGACAAGCCGUUUAUGAUUUACUGCGAUGAGUUCCUUACCAAGGACUUGUUUGAACAUCUUCCGAAGCUACUGAAGCACUGGGCAAGCUCGGAAGAACUGCGCCUUUGCAGAGACUGUGGCUACCAAGCCGCACCGUUGGAAUCGCCCGAGUGCCCACUUGUCUGA